CGAAAGAUUCCGAUCACGCUACGAACGAGUCCGAAGUGGAAAAAAAUGAUUCAAGAUGGUGGAUGCAAGGCGUGCACAUGUUUGAAUAUUUGGCUAAAAGUAUAAUUUCGAACCUCAGUAGGAGUUUAAAACCACACAAACACAGCAGUUAAAGUCCUGAAGAGCAAUGAGAUACGCUCAGUUGGUAAUAGGGCCGGCGGGCAGUGGCAAGUCAACGUACUGCAGCACAAUUGUGAGACAUUGUGAAAACAUCGGAAGAACAGUUCAUGUUAUAAAUUUAGAUCCAGCAGCAGAAUAUUUUGACUACCCGGUGCUCAUAGAUAGCAGAGAACUUGUCCAACUGGAAGAUGUUAUGGAAGCAGAGGAUUUAAAACUUGGCCCCAAUGGGGGAUUGAUUUUUUGUAUGGAGUAUUUGAUUAAAAAUAUGGAAUGGUUAGAGGAACAGUUAGGGUAUAGUGAUGAGGAUUAUUUCAUAUUUGAUUGUCCUGGUAUGUUGGCCAUAGUAAUAUUGUCCAUCCAUUAAGUCUUUUUAUUUGUUUGUUUGUUUGUUUGUUUGUUUGUUUGUUUGUUUGUUUGUUUGUUUGUUUGUUUGUUUGUGUAGCAGAACAGCAUAACUGUUUGUUCCAUUUUAUACAUGCAUACAAAUUAUCAAACAAUCUCUUCCUUGCCCACAUUGCCGAGACAGAUCCAAUGUAACUACUAAGAGGAAGUCAGCCAUAUUGGCAUUUUUGACAAGAGUUAAUUGUCUGGCAAAUUACAGAGUGACAUAAUAAAAGGUGGUUCAUUAAACCUUAAUGCUUUGCUCAACACCAACCUUUCUGCCAUUAGACUAAGUAAAAUAAAAAUAAUUUAUUGCAGGACAAAUUGAAUUGUACUCUCAUAUUCCUGUCAUGCGACAGUUUGUUGAUACGCUGCAACAGUGGGACAUAAGGGUGUGUGGUGUGUUUCUUGUUGAUUCAAAAUUCAUGGUGAAUACAGCCAUGUUUUUCUCUGGUGUACUUGCGGCACUUUCUGCAAUGGUUCAACUUGAGAUUCCACAUAUCAAUGUCAUGUCGAAAAUGGACCUUUUGAGUAAGGAUCAAGCAACAGAAGUUGAAAGGUAUGUGUUGCAGACAUGUGAUAAUUAAUAAUUUGCCAUGAUAUUAAUUUUAUUUGUAUUGGAUAGCUCAUCAGUUCUAAACUGUUCUCCUUGGAGGUCCAGUAAGAGCUAUCUGUUAUUAAUUGUCAUAAGUGUGAUUACAAAAGGAAACUGGAAUACUCUGAGAAACCUUGCAUUUGUAGAAUCCAACUGAAUUGCAAGAAUCUUAGAUGGAAAAUGCAUGUACUAAAACUCACAAAAUGUGCUCAAAUUCCUCCUAGAUUUCUUGACCCAAAUCCAAAAGCCCUGAUGGACGAAAGUGACACAUGGCAGAAUAAAAAAUAUCAAAAACUGAAUAAUGCCUUGGCACAGAUUAUCGAGGACUUUAGUAUGGUGCAGUUUCUACCAUUGGACAAUACAGAUGAAGAAUCAAUUGAGAAUGUUUUACUGCAGAUUGAUAAUGCUAUACAAUAUGGUGAAGAUUUGGAAGUCAAAGAGAAAGAUGGUGCUGACAAUGAUAGCAAUGUUGAAUGGAAUGAGAAUGGAGAUUAAAGAUCCACAGUACAGUACAUACAACCAUGUUGAAGAUACAGUUUGUAGAACCAGAAUGAGUAGUAAAGAUACAGUACAGUUUCUUCUAUCACAUCCCUUAGAUUAUUUUACAUUAGUCCAAGUCUCAAAGAUGAACCCAAUGGCGGACUGGAGUCAAUGAAGAGAUAAUAUGUGUUCCUGGUCAUCAGUUUAAAACCAGGCAUGCAUACACAAAUUGUCCAAGCUUUUGACAUAUUCAUAUAAUGGCAUACACGAUAUAAUAUAAACAUUUGAAAUGUAAAAAUGUGUUUUGUUAACAUAUGGAUUAUCAUUAUUGUGUUAAAUAGACUACAUGUUCCUUGACUACAUCAUAUCUAUAGAUGUGGGUGGGAUGGGCCACCUCCUACUUUCUAGAUCAUUCACUUCAUUUUUGCUUUUUAGCUUCAUUUUGUGAAUGUUAUUGUCAGUUGUAACUAUAAAAUAUUGUUAACUAAACAGGUCUUAAAAUGCAAGAAUUGCAGCAGCACUAUUCCUGUAUUGCUCACAGUAUUCCUGCCAGCAAUGUCAUUGAUCACAAACCUGGUUCUUCUUUUCAUAAACAAAAUAUUGAAACUUGACUCCCUUUUCUUCUUGCAUUUCUGAUGGAACAUUUGGAUCACUAGAAUUGGAAAAAUAUU